AUGGGGGACAAAUCCUCUGCGGAAUCGCUCAUUCCACGGUUUCAAAUCGAGAAAUUGCUCAAUCAAGAUCAAAAUGACCGCCGCAUCGCAUUACUAGGCCACAUUGAUGGCAAACAAGGCAUCUUAAUCGCCGAGCGCGCGGCAUUCGCAACCGAGAGCGUGGAAGCGCUGUGGGCAUUUCAUGCAAGCCUCGCUCGAGUGCAAAACCUAGGCAAUAAUGAUAUCUACAAAUGGUACAUGGCCUCAUCAUCCCCACCAGACCAGAGCAACAGUCCCCCCGAUCUUAAAUUGAAUCUGAUUUGGCCAUGCACGGAACAACAUAUCAAGAAGUAUUCCGCUCAACGAGUGCGGAUGGUGACGGAGACUCCACAGAUCUACAAAGACUACAUCCGGCCAUUCAUGCAGCAGAAGCGCGAGCAAGGAAGAUUGAACUGGGUAUUUAACAUCCUUGAGGGCCGCACAGAGCAAGAAGACGUGAUUCUACGAGACACAGAGCAUGGCCCUGAAGACGGGUUCUUGGUGCUCCCGGAUCUCAACUGGGAUCGCAAGACUAUUGGAUCGCUGCAUCUGCUGGCGCUGGUUGAGCGACGCGAUAUAUGGUCGCUGCGUGAUUUGAAGAAGAAGCAUGUCCCCUGGCUCAAAUAUCUACAGCAGAGACUGCUCGAGGCGACGGUCAAGAUCUACCCGGACCUCGAACAGGAUCAACUCAAGUUGUAUGUGCACUACCAGCCGACGUACUAUCAUUUCCACGUUCAUAUUGUCAACGUCAUGCUGGAGGCGGGCGCGACACAGUCCGUUGGGAAGGCGUUUGGCCUGGAGAAUAUCAUCGGGCAGUUGGAAGCGAUCGCUGGGGAUGACGAGUCGGGUAUGGCAGAUCUCAGCAUGUCGUACUACCUGGGAGAAGAGAGUGAAUUGUGGAUGACUGUGUAUGGGCCGCUGAAAAGGGGCGAGGCACCAAGGGUGUGA